AUGUCUGAAGGGGAUCAAGCAAUGCCUAAAACUAAGCAAUCGCUUCAACACACUGGAUUCAAAACAAUUGAAACCAUUGGACGUCUUGUUUUACAUGUAGUCCUUCGAUUUUGGAGAUUUUGUAGUGCGGCAAUGUUGACGUUGCUUCUUCUCUACUGGCUUUAUGGAGGAGUCGUUAGCUUCUUGUUAUUAACUGCAGCCGUAUUUGGCGCUUUGUAUCAUUAUCAAGACACCCUUCUCUACUUCCCAGAACAGCCUGUCACAUCAAGAGUCUAUGUUCAAAAUCCAGCAAUUCUGGGCUUUCCAUUUGAGAAUUUGUACCUCAAGACACAAGAUGGCCUGAAAAUUAAUGCUGUGUUUCUCAAACAUUCUCCUCAGUUUCAGAGCUCUGUUCCUACUGUGUUGUUUUUCCAUGGCAAUGCUGGGAACAUUGGUCAUAGAUUAGCAAAUGCAAGAAGUUGGUAUAGUUAUUGUGGUUGUAAUGUUUUUCUGGUGGAGUACAGAGGUUAUGGAAAGAGCGAGGGCUCCCCUAGUGAACAAGGUAAAAGCAUUCAAGACCCAACCACAAAAUAACCUUUGUUUUGCCCACAGUUUACUUAAUGAUUAAUUAAAAUUAAUCAACAAAUUUUUACCGGCAUGUGGUUAAUUAGCCUCCUAUGCAGGCGUUUUUAGGGGAGCUUGUAUUUCAUUCCUCCCGAACCAAAGCCUGCUCAACCGAGGACAACAUUCCUUUCCCAAGCUUAGCCAAUCACAUUGUACUUUCCAAAUUCCGGGAAGCUGACCUUGACCGCAAGGUACCCGAUAAUUACGCGAUCUGCAUUAAACUUUGAGAAACCUUCAUGACCUCUAAAUUAUAAAUGUUAGACUCAAAGCAGCAAAAGUAAGAUUUACUCAGUCAGAUUUUAGAAUAUAUUCUCUGUACACUGCAUAACCUUAGCUUAGCGAAGGAAAGAAAAGAAGGAAAAAGGUAACUCUAGGGUCAUGUUCUGGGUCAUGUUUUUACACUAUCACGAGCUUAUGAGUCGUGUUUAGCCUGUCAACACUUUAUUUAAAAACCGUUGAUUGGUCACUUACCACGCGAAUAUAACAAUGGAAAAGGAAUGUUAUCCUCGGUUGAGCAGGCGUUUGUGGGUAGGGAUAAAAUACGAGCUCCCCCAAAAACGCCUGCGUGGGAGGCUAAUGGUUAAUGGGUAACAGGUCUUUUCACCCAAAAGUUGAUUCGCUGAUGGCAGUUCACCUGGACCGACAUCGAUUCACCCUAUUUUUAUUGAUCAUUCCUUAAACUUGAAGAUAGGUGUAAGCGUGAAAAGACAGUGGCCUGGAGGGGUGGGGGGGGGGGCAGUGAGGGCGAUUUGGUUUGUGGAAGAUUUUUUUCCUGACAUACAGCGGUGUAGGAUUUUUUUUACCUAGCAUUAUAUGUCGUGAAAGAUUAUUUUUGCCAGGUAUUCCCUUGCAAGAAUUUUUUCCCCUUGAAAUCAGUCUGCAGGAUGUUUUUUCUGAAAUCACCCAUACCCUCCCCCACUUCAAAAGUCAAAUGGUCGCCCCCUCAUUUGAUCGUUCUCAGCAAUAGAAUCCAAGCUUAACUGAAAAACAUCUUUGAUAUUGAGUUGUGCAGUGUUGCGAGGGUGUUAAACAUUGACUUUGGGACAGUAGGUGUUUUAACAUGUUCAAUAUAUUGUUGAAUAGGAAAUUGAGAUAAAACCCAGUGUACUUCUGAGCGGAAAACCCAACACACUGUAAAUCUCUUUACCAUUACUGAUCAAUUUACCAUUGAUCCAUAUAUGACGAAUUUCAGUGCUUCAUUCUUAAGAAAUAUAUUGUUGAUUAAUUGAAGGUUUUGAGCUGGACUCAGAAGCUGCAUUUUCAUAUCUGAUGUCACGCACCGAUAUAGACACAAACAAGAUUGUUAUAUUUGGACGAUCCUUGGGUGGAGCAGUGGCAAUUUCUCUUGCAUCAAAUGAACUUUAUCUCGACAAAGCAUUUGCUCUGAUUGUAGAGAACACCUUCACUAGCAUCCCUAGCAUGGCUAAUCAACUUGUCAUGAAUGGACUUAGCAAGCUACCUUACUUCUGCUUCAGAAAUAAGGUAAACCUUGGUUACAUGUAGAUAGUUUUUUAGUCUGGUUAACUUCUGUUCAACACUUUGUUUUAGCCAUGAUAGUGCACAAAAACUAAUAGCACCCAAGCCAUAUUUAAUUGAACCCUUGAUGUGUGACUAGCUCUUGUGACUGACUAAUACUGGUAUACCCCACCAGGCAUGGCUAAGUUUUUCUGUGCCACCAGCAAGGUGUCUGGAUAUCUGAUGAAACACUGAGUUGAGACGCUGUUUAGGAUGUUUAAGAUACUGUCUAACAAUUCUAGGUUUGAAAUUUUUUGACAACUCUCGAUCAUAAGAAGCUCUAUCAAACAACAUGGAUGUGGUUUUCUUUAUUUCUGAUCAUAAAAGUUGAAGGAUGCCUGGAAUAACACCUUAAGUAUUUUUGAUAAAAUGCUAGAUUCUCCUUAGAUAUUUCAUUGUUUGUCCAUGAUAAUAAAAAGGAAAAUUUGACAUUUGACAAGAAAUCACUUAGGGUCUUAUUCCAUGCAUUCACCCGUAUAGUCUGUCUGUCAAUUGUUUUGAUACGUUUGUGCAGAGCCUUUUCAAGUUUUGGCCAGAGGUGUUAUUUCAGUGAUAACAUUUAAGGAUUUAUAACAGAAACCAAAAAGCUAUUUUGGUAGGUUUAUUCCAUACAUGAAAAAAUCACACUAACCAUGUUCUGUGACACAGUUUGAUUCUCUGAAGAAGAUUCGCAAGGCAAGAGUCCCAACGCUGUUUCUAUCGGGAUUGGCUGAUCAACUAAUACCUCCCAGAAUGAUGACGAGUUUAUACAAGGUACAUCUUAAAAAUGUCAUUGAAAUUUAAUUUUCUCAUCCUCAUCACAUGCAUCUUGAAAUCCUUAAACUUUCUCCAAUGCAAAGUCAAAUUUCUGCAAGUAUUUUUACAUAACUUGUCAGAAAUUUGAUACUUUAAAAGAAAGGUUGAUUUUUUAAGCAGAGGGGAAAAAAUGCUAUCAAACAUAUUUCAAAUCCAGAUAAGAAGUUUAAACAAAUUUUUCCAAUUUAGAAGCCUUUGAGUACAUUUCCAUGGUUGACCCCAUGGCUUUCAAAGUCCUGGAACUUUUACCGAAACAAUCAUGGUAAAUUAUUGGAGGAUGCAUGGUCAAGUACAAACAUGUAUGCGCAACAACGAUUUACUCUAUGCCCAGAAAAAUAGCCUCUUUGCUUUCAUUUUGUACUUAAUAUCAUUAGGUUUGAAUGGUUUUGUUUGUGUUUCUUUCCUAGGCAUCAGGAUCAUGCUUAAAGAAAAUGGAAUGCUUUGAUCAUGGCACUCACAAUGAAACCUGGCAAUGUUAUGGAUAUUUUGAUGCUAUUUCUAGAUUCUUAUGUGAGGUAUAUAUAUGAGCUUAAAAAAGCUGCAAAANUAUUCCAUACAUGAAAAAAUCACACUAACCAUGUUCUGUGACACAGUUUGAUUCUCUGAAGAAGAUUCGCAAGGCAAGAGUCCCAACGCUGUUUCUAUCGGGAUUGGCUGAUCAACUAAUACCUCCCAGAAUGAUGACGAGUUUAUACAAGGUACAUCUUAAAAAUGUCAUUGAAAUUUAAUUUUCUCAUCCUCAUCACAUGCAUCUUGAAAUCCUUAAACUUUCUCCAAUGCAAAGUCAAAUUUCUGCAAGUAUUUUUACAUAACUUGUCAGAAAUUUGAUACUUUAAAAGAAAGGUUGAUUUUUUAAGCAGAGGGGAAAAAAUGCUAUCAAACAUAUUUCAAAUCCAGAUAAGAAGUUUAAACAAAUUUUUCCAAUUUAGAAGCCUUUGAGUACAUUUCCAUGGUUGACCCCAUGGCUUUCAAAGUCCUGGAACUUUUACCGAAACAAUCAUGGUAAAUUAUUGGAGGAUGCAUGGUCAAGUACAAACAUGUAUGCGCAACAACGAUUUACUCUAUGCCCAGAAAAAUAGCCUCUUUGCUUUCAUUUUGUACUUAAUAUCAUUAGGUUUGAAUGGUUUUGUUUGUGUUUCUUUCCUAGGCAUCAGGAUCAUGCUUAAAGAAAAUGGAAUGCUUUGAUCAUGGCACUCACAAUGAAACCUGGCAAUGUUAUGGAUAUUUUGAUGCUAUUUCUAGAUUCUUAUGUGAGGUAUAUAUAUGAGCUUAAAAAAGCUGCAAAAUCUGGAUCAGAGCCGAUAGGAUCUAAUCAAACCCUGUCAGUGUAACUGCAUUUCUUAUCUUUUGUCACCUGGUUAGUUACAGGUGUUGAUUAAGCCCAGUCCAAUCCAGAUUUUGUUGAGUUCUCUUAGAGCAUUCUCAUUUUGCAGUUAACUUGUUCAAGUUGAAAGCUAACCGUUUAUAAUAGAGUGCUUAACCCUACCACUGUUCUUAGGUGCUAAUCCCUGUAUUCAACUCUUUUCACUGACCUUAAAUGGAUACCUAGAGCUGGUCCCUGUCAUUCCUCAGGCCUUUUUUUUGACUCUCUAAAGGAUGGAUACUGUAAACUGCUACUUGUCGAAUAAGCCCCCAAUUAUAACCCCUCCAGCAUUUUUCAGUACCACUCUACUCUGUGAACACUUUUUAGCACUGCUCUUAACAGUGUCCAUCUUGAACAGAGUUCAUGUAGGGGUCACGAAUGGUACCUCGAAAAACAUGGGUCUCAGAAAAUUUUGGCAGGAUCUCGAAAUCUCGGAAGCGUUUUUGACAAGUCUCAAAAUCUCGUUUUUGCAUGGUUUGUUUUUACUUUUUUUGAGUCUUGAAACUUUUUACCAAAGAGUCUCGGUCUCGGAUUUCUAACUAGGAUCUCGGCGAGUCUCGGAUUUUACCAUUCGCCACCACUUCAUGUGUUACUCUUCCACCAAACAUACAUAUGUGGCACAGAGGCAGCAAAUCUUAAUACACUCUGUAAUGUAACACUUUUGGUUCUCUAGUGUUUUCAUUCGUAUUUUUUGUAGGUUCAUCAAGCUAGACAAGCUGGAGUUAUUGGACCCCCAGUUGGUGACAGCCCAAGUGUGUCUGGGGGAGCUGCUAAACCAACUGUCCUUAAUGUACAUGGCCGAACUGAAGACAUUUAA